AUGGCUCAUAACAUUCUCAUAACCGGCGCCUCUGGGUACCUCGGGGGCUCUCUCCUUGCCCGCUGGAAAAAUGCCAACCUCCCUCCCCACGGCACGCUCCACGCCCUCGUUCGAUCGGAGCGUCAAGCCGAGGCCGUGAAACAAUACGGCGCCGAACCACUACUAUGUGACCUGGACGACCAUACCAAGCUGAGAGAAAGCAUCAUCAACCAUGAGAUCUCCAUAAUUCUCUUCCUUGUGGACUCUUUCAGUGGCCGACACCAACCAACCAUGAUCCAGGCUCUACAGCAGGUCAAGAUCAAAACCGGUAAAGAGGUUCAUUUUGUUCACACUGGCGGGGCGAAGCACUUUAGUCGUCAUUCGGGCCUUCCUACCGAAGAACCGUUGCUUGAUACCGAUCUGGGGAUUUAUGAGAUGCUGAAGACGACUGUGUCGCCGCAUCCUUAUUUCGCUCCGACCAUCAAAACAAAUAUCAUUGUCAUUGAUGCCUGUGAACAGUAUGAUGUGCGAGGAUAUAUUUUUGUCCCGUGUAUUGUGUAUGGACGAGGAGAAGGAUUUGGAAAUCGAAUUUCCAUUCAAGAUGUUGCGAUCGUGAAGGCCGCUAAGAAAGUUCGGCGAGUUUAUCGGGUCGAUAGCGACAGUCCGAGCUGGCCCGUCUGCCAUAUCGUGGACAACUCCAACCUCUACCUACAAAUGGUGCGGAAUAUGCUUCUGAACAAAGACAUAGGUUACAAUAAGCGGGGCUUUUACAUGGCUUCUUCCGGCAGCGUCGCGUGGGAUGAUAUUUAUCAUGCCUUUGCAGUGGCGUUGGCAAAACGGGGUGUCGUGGAUGAUGAUAGGGUCGAACAAGCAGAUGACAUAGCCCUGGUGGAGAUGGGCGAGGCACUAGGAGUGCCACCGUCUCUCGUGCCGGUGAUGUUAGGUGGAAAGUCUACCUUUACUGCUGUACAUGGUAUUGAGAUUGGGUGGAAGGCCGAAUACGCACCCGAACAUAUCCUCGAGACUGCGGAUGAGGAAGUUGAGUUGAUCAUCGAAGGCCUUGAGCAAUAG